AUGCAGCAGUGUUUGAAGUGUCCAGGCCAUCAGUAUUCCAACAUUCAGAGAAAUCGCUGCCUCCAAAAAUCUGUCACAUUUCUGGCUUUUGAAGACCCCUUGGGGAAGACUCUUGUUGGCACAGCUCUGAGCUUAGCUAUUCUUACAGCUGUUGUUCUUGGGCUCUUCGUGAAGCACAGAGACACUCCCAUGGUCAAGGCCAACAACCGGACUCUCAGUUACACCCUGCUCAUCUCUCUCAUCUUCUGUUUCCUCUGCUCUUUACUCUUCAUUGGCCUUCCCAACACAGCCACCUGUAUCCUCCAGCAGACUACAUUUGGAAUCGUGUUCACUGUGGCUGUUUCCACCAUCUUGGCGAAAACUAUCACUAGUGUGGGUCCCCUUCCUCGCUGUGUACCACAGCACCAAGGGCAAGGUUAUGGUGGCCAUGGAGGUCUUCUCCAUCUUGGCCUGGGAUACCUGGGCUCCCUGGCCCUGGUGAGCUUCACUCUGGCCUUCCUGGCCAGGAACCUACCUGACACAUUCAAUGAAGCCAAGUUCCUGACCUUCAGCAUGCUGCUGUUCUGCAGAGUGUGGGUCCCCUUCCUCGCUGUGUACCACAGCACCAAGGGCAAGGUUAUGGUGGCCAUGGAGGUCUUCUCCAUCUUGGCCUCCAGUGCAGGGCUUCUGGCCUGCAUCUUCAUCCCUAAAUGCUACAUUAUUUUGUUAAGACCAGAUAGGAAUUCUCUACAUGGGUUCAGAGAUAAAACACAUUCAGACAGAAAGAAAAUUUUUUAA